AUGACGCAGAGCAACGGGGAGGACCCGCAGAGAGCCCGGCGAGGUCUCCGGCAGAUCCAAGCAGGCAUCCAGUCCCGCUCGCUGCUGGCCAGGAAAAGAAUUUUGAACAUCAGCAAAAAUGACGUGAAGGGCUUCUUUAUAAGGAACGCCUUUGUUUUAUUCACCGUGGCAGCAGUUAUCAUUGGUAUCAUUCUGGGGUUCGCCCUGCGGCCUUACAACAUGUCCUACCGUGAUGUCAAGUUCUUCUCUUUCCCUGGAGAACUGCUGAUGAGGAUGCUGCAGAUGUUGGUGCUGCCCUUGCUUGUGUCCAGCCUUAUUACGGGCAUGGCUGCACUCGACAGCCGGGCUUCAGGUAAAAUGGGCAUGAGGGCGGUGGUCUAUUACACUACCACCACGGUCAUUGCCGUGUUCAUCGGCAUCGUCAUGGUGCUCAUCAUCCACCCCGGCAAAGGCUCAAAAGAAGAGUUUACCAACAAGCAACAGAUCGAGAGCGUAAACCCCGCUGACGCCUUCCUGGACCUUAUCAGGAAUAUGUUCCCUCCGAACCUGGUGGAAGCUUGUACUAAACAGUUCAAGACGCAGUACGCCAAGAGGGUGGUCCAGAUCAAUGUGACAGUCAACAAGUCUGUGUUCUUGCUCAACGGGAGCAAAGUGAUGGCAACGGAGGAGAUGAUCCCCGUACCUGGUACCGUCAAUGGGAUCAAUGCGCUGGGUCUGGUGGUCUUCUCCAUGUGCUUCGGGUUGAUCAUCGGGCGCAUGGGGGAGCAGGGACAGCCUCUAAGGGACUUCUUUGACUGUCUCAACGAGGCCAUCAUGAGGCUGGUGGCAAUCAUCAUGUGGUAUGCCCCUAUUGGUAUCCUGUUCCUGAUUGCGGGUAAAAUCGUGGAGAUGGACGACAUAACAGCAAUGGGUGGCCAGCUGGGAAUGUACACGGUCACCGUCAUCUCUGGCCUUCUCAUCCAUGCCAUAGUGGUCCUACCCACCCUCUACUUCGUGGUCACUCGGAAGAACCCCUUUGUCUUCAUUGGAGGGCUGCUGCAGGCCCUUAUCACGGCGUUAGGAACCUCCUCCAGCUCGGCCACGCUGCCCAUCUCGUUCAAGUGCCUUGAGGAAAACAACAAAGUGGACAAGCGGGUAACCCGUUUUGUACUCCCGGUGGGAGCCACAAUCAACAUGGAUGGCACCGCCUUGUAUGAAGCGCUGGCGGCCAUCUUUAUCGCUCAAGUGAACAACUUUGACCUCAAUUUCGGGCAGAUUCUCACCAUCAGCAUCACCGCCACAGCAGCCAGCAUCGGAGCCGCUGGAAUCCCCCAGGCAGGGCUGGUUACCAUGGUGAUAGUGCUCACAUCAGUGGGCCUGCCCACUGAUGAUAUCUCGCUAAUCAUCGCUGUUGAUUGGUUCCUGGACCGGCUGCGUACCAUUACCAAUGUACUCGGAGACUCCAUCGGGGCUGGGAUCGUGGAGCAUCUAUCUCGCCAUGAAUUAACCGCAGACCCAGAGGACAACCAUUCAGCAGCAGCGGAGGAAGCGGAUAGGAAGCCUUACCGGCUAAUCUCCCAUGAGAACGAGUACGAGAAUGAGAGGCCCACUGUCGACAGCGAAACCAAAAUGUAG